ACGCAAGACUUUUUGAAGCGAGGCGAAGGAAUCUGAGACAAAGCUCAAGAACAACGAUGAAGACCGAGAUUCUUUUCCUUUUGUUGUGCUUUACCGCCAGAAGCAGCCAGCUCACACUGAGCGACUGUGGUGCACAAGCAAGGCGACCUCAGUUUACUGACAUCUCAGUGACUUGCGGUACUUCGUCCAUUACUCUCUACAUCCAGUUCUGUCCAGUCUUAUUCAGCGGCUACAACGAAACUAACCUGAUUCUGAACAGAAUUUUUUCCCCGUCCUGUGGAGCAACUGUUAAUGCUAAUGCGACGCCACCUGUCGCUGUCUUUACAUUCCCCCUGAACGCGACCAACGCCUGUGGAAGCCUAUUCACCACCACCACUUCGGUCGGGACGGGUGUCUUCUCAGACUUUUCCAACAUCCAAGUAGUCAACGUGAGUGGAGCGGUACGGUCCUAUGAUCCUACAGUGGGCACAGUGACCUACAACACUGACCUGAAGUACUUCUACUCCUGCGCCUAUCCCUUAGAGUAUCUGAUCAACAACACCCAGGUCGAUGUGUCGACGACCGCCAUAGCAGUGAAGGACAACAACGGGACUUUCAUCAGCACUUUGACCAUGAAGCUGUACAGCGACGCCGGCUACACUCAGGCGAUGACCAUUCCUCAGGGGGGGAUUGAACUGAGAACCACCGUGUUCGUCGAGGUCAAGGCCACCAACUUAACUGGCCAAUACAACGUUCUGCUGGACCGCUGCUACGCCACCAUCUCCCCACUGCCCAGCAACUCCACCUACUUUGACCUGUUUCUUUCAUGCAUUACUAAUAAACUAACCAACAUAACUUUGAACGGACAAAGCCAGAGCGCCCGCUUCAACUUCCCGGCCUUCCGCUUCACCGAACAACAGAACCAGUCUGUGUCCACUUACUACAUCCACUGCAUCACCCGCCUGUGUGAUAUAACCUCCUGCAGCACAUUCACACAGUGUCCCGUGGGGAGGAAGAGGCGAGAAGCGGAGGGACGUCCAGCAGAAGCCAUAACUGACCAGUACACCAUCACCUCCCCGAGGAUUAGCACCAAAGCCGAAGACACCGUGAGCGCAGGCGCCUCAUCUCCUGCCCAGCAGAAGUCCAGCUCUCCCAGUGGGCUCGGCGUGGCCGUCGGCAUCCUUGGCUUUGCUUGCUUUUCUGCCAUUAUUGCUGCAUUUGUGUUUUACAAAAGGUUCAGAUAGUUAAGAGGCUUUUAUGAGUGAGAAGUCAGAAUACCGGCCUUAUGUCUAAGAGCCAAGCCCUUUGGGGCACAGCUUAGAAAGAAAUCUGCUGUUAGAUCUUUUUGUGGCAUUUGUGUAGUAUUACAUUUGUAUCAGCCCCAGAGAGAAAAGUAGGAAAUAGAGCAUGUAGUAGAUUGUGUUUUUAUUUCCUAAAUGGGUAAAUACAGUAAAUGACGUCUGCACUUUUAAGAUUUUAAAAAUAUAAUAAUAAAAAAACCUGUAAGAAAUGUUGUUGUAAGUGAAAAGGUUUGAAAAUUAGGUCAACGUACCUUUUGUCUAAUUUAUUGACUAACAAAUGUGUUUUGUUCAUUUCCUAGAGGUAUUUUCAACCUCAAAACGAAUCAGGUAAUCAACCCUAUACUAAGUCCUGUUGUUCCAUGCACUUUAUGAAAAGUCUGUAAAGAAAUGCAGUUUAUUUUCCUUGUUUGUAAAUCAUCAUGGGUUCGUCCCACUUCAUCACCUGCUGUAAAUCUAAAUAAAAAAAAUAAAUAAACAAAACUGUGUCUUUAUAUACUUUAGCUGUUAAUAGAUAAAGGAUGUCAAAGAUCUCACCAUUUAAAUAUAAAGAAAGAGAUAAAGAGAAAAUAAAAAAAAAUGUCUACUUCCAACCCCCCAAACCACUUUCACCACCAUUAUUACUAAAUCUAUUUCUCUACACACUCUGAUUACAUAUACUAUCAUACUGUAUACUAGCUCAGCUGAUAACUGGGCGAGAGGUGGGGUUCACCUUGGACAGGUCCACAUAGAGACAAAGACAAACUCACACCUAUGCGCAAGUUAGACUCCCCAGCCAACCGGACUGGGGGGAAACUGGAAAACGUCCACACAGACAUAGAACAUGCAAACCCCAAACACACCCUGGAACUGAACCCAGGGAGAGCGCUAAGCACUACUGCACUGAAAUUACAAAGUAUAAAGAAUAAAAAAAAAAUCAAAAAUAAAUAUUUAAAAAAAUAAUAUUAAAACAAAACUUAUAUACUCCUUAGUAUAUAGGUGGAGUUUAAUAUUACAGAUUAUAGUUUCCCUUCUCGUCCUCCUGUGUAAAAGUCUCCAGUGUCUCCCACUAGGCCUGAUGUCCCACAGCACCAGUGUUCAUGUCAGGGUAGG